AUGGUUAAAACUGAGUAUAGAGACUACUUCUCUACUUUGGGAUCUGUUCGUAUAUUCUAUAACAAUCACAAGAUUUCGUCAUCAUAUAUAGACUCCGAUGACAAGAUUAUAGGAGGAUUCCCUGUGUCAGCUGGAAUCUACAAGAUAAGGCAGCAGACCAAGUCACAGCAGACCAAAUAUAGCACGAAUAACUUAUCUCAUUGCAUAAUUGGCCUGUUAAAGGCCAUGGACUCUCUUAGAUACUCAUUGCAAUUACUUUCUCUCAUCUUCCUACUUUUCUCAAUCUGGGCUUCUGCCACGUCGCAGCGUUUUCUUCCCAGGCUUGGAGUGAGAAGGAGAACAUCGAAGCAUGAAGUACCCCAAACAACAUCCUCCUUCUCGUCCGACAUCAAAACAUAUUAUUUCACCCAAACAAUUGAUCACUUCAACUACAGGCCUGAUAGCUACGCCACUUUUCAACAAAGAUAUGUUAUCAACUCUAAGCACUGGGGUGGAGCGGAUUCCAACGCACCAAUAUUUGCAUAUCUUGGCGCAGAAGCACCUUUGGAUUAUGAUUUAGAGAGCAUUGGGUUUCUCAGUGAUAAUGCCCUCCGGUUUAAGGCCCUCCAACUCUACAUAGAGCAUCGGUACUAUGGGAAAUCGGUACCAUUUGGAACAAUGAAAGAGGCUUUGAAGAAUGAGAGCACUCGUGGUUAUUUCAACUCGGCUCAGGCUUUGGCAGACUACGCUGCUGUGAUCUUACACGUAAAGAAAACAUUCUCUGCAGAAAAUUCUCCAGUUAUCGCUUUUGGAGGCUCCUAUGGAGGAAUGCUUGCAGCAUGGUUUCGGCUAAAGUAUCCGCACGUUGUCCUUGGAUCUCUAGCUUCUUCAGCUCCAAUCCUUUACUUUGACGACAUUGUACCUCAAGAUGCAGGAUACUACUCUGUUGUAACCAAGGAUUUUAAAGAAACUAGUCAAAGUUGCUAUGAAACCAUCCGGCAAUCAUGGGCUGAAAUUGAUAGAGUUGCAUCCACACCUAAUGGCCUUUCAACCCUUAGCAAGAUAUUUAAUAUUUGCCGUCCAUUAAAUAAAUCUUCUGAUCUGAAGGACUAUUUGGAGAGUAUAAUUACUGCAGCAGCUCAAUAUAAUUAUGAGGCCCCAAGAUACCUAAUGAGUGAUAUGUGCAGAGCCAUUGAUGGAGCAGCUGCUGGAACAGAUACCCUUGGCAGAAUAUAUGCGGGUGUUGUUGCUUAUAGACAAAACCAUUCAUGCUAUGAUAUGAAUCAGUUCACUGCUCCAAGUGAAACAAGUGAUGGGUGGAGCUGGCAGUCAUGUAGUGAUAUGGUUAUGCCCAUUGGCCAUGAUACAAACGGCUCUAUGUUCCCUCCAUCACCCUUCAAUCUAACCGAAUUCAACGAUUACUGCAAGGAAUUGUAUGGCGUUGAGCCUCGGCCUCACUGGGUCACAACUUAUUACGGUGGUCAGGAUAUAAAACUGAUUCUCCAUAGGUUUGCUAGCAACAUCAUAUUCUCCAAUGGGCUAAGAGAUCCUUACAGUAGUGGAGGGGUCUUGGAGGACAUAUCAGACAGCCUCUUAGCCGUCACUACAGCUGAAGGCUCUCAUUGCUUGGACAUAAUCGUGGCAAAUUCUUCUAGUGAUCCGCAUUGGUUGGUCAAGCAAAGAAAUAAAGAGAUCAAGAUACUUAAAAAAUGGAUUGCCAAGUACCAGGCUGAUCUUCUACAGCUCAAACAGCACGUUCCUGUAUGA